AUGAGAAAAGGGGACAAGAAAUGUCUAACUUGCAGAGUGCCUCUUCAACCCACAGCUGCUGGGUCUAUUUGCCUCUGUUGCUCUGAGGACUUCAAACCAUCAGGUGACACUGACUUGGAGCUCCCUGCUGUUCCACAACCUUUGACCUCAAGAUCAGCUAGGAGUUCUGACAGUCCUGUCUUGGCAGCAAAGAAACCUACAGAAGAGGGUCAGCUUUAUCUGCUGGUGACAGACCAGGGUUUUCUUACAGAAGAGAAAGUUGUCUGGGAAAGUUUACAUAAUGUAGAUGGUGAUGGAAAUUUCUGUGACUCUGAAUUCCACCUUCGACCUCCAUCAGACCCAGAAACUGUAUAUAGAGGGCUGCAAGAUCAAAUUGAUCAGGACUAUCUGAUGGCAUUGUCUUUACAACAAGAGCAGCAGAGCCAAGAUAUCGAUUGGGAGCAGAUCCCAGAAGGAAUCAGUGAUCUAGAGCUGGCAAAGAAGCUGCAGGAAGAGGAGGAUAGGCGGGCUUCUCAGUACUAUCAGGAACAAGAACAAGCAGUUGCAGCUGCUGCUCAGGUCCAGAAGGUGCAAGGAGCUGCUUCUCCAGCAAGUGGAAGACAAUCUGGAAGUAAUGAACGCAAACGAAAAGAACCUCGAGAGAAAGAGAGGGAGAAAGAGAAAGAAAAGAAUAGUUGUGUUAUUUUGUAACCGGGGAUGGAUUUUGCCUGGAGUCAAGUGCAUGUCCUCAAACAAAAACAAGGAAUAAAAUGAAGACAAACCCGUUA